UUUCACUUUCCAAAUUGCUUCUUUGGAUCUCAGCUUCGAGGUGCCAAAGAAGAGGAGUCCCUGGGCAGACUGAUCCUUGGCUCAGACAGCUUAGUGAGAGAAUUCCAAAGGACUUUCCUCCCCGUCCUGAGCCUCUGGGCAAGGAGGAUGGGAUCAUGGUUCCAGGGUCUCAGUACCCCUGUGCCAUUUGAGCUGCUUGCGCUCAUCGUCUCUAUUAAUAACCACCCUCCCUCCCCCACUGCCAGUGCUGCCCCCACGCCUGCCCAGCUCGGGUUCUCUAGUCACAGCAGCACAGUCCUCCAAAGCUGCUGGACCCCAGGGAGAGCUGACCACCGCUUGAGCAGCCGGCUCCAUCCAUCUCCACAAUGCCACUCUCAGGGACCCCCGCCCCCAACAAGAAGCGGAAAUCCAGCAAGCUGAUCAUGGAACUCACUGGAGGUGGACAGGAGAGCUCGGGCCUGAACCUGGGCAAGAAGAUCAGCGUCCCAAGGGAUGUGAUGUUGGAGGAGCUGUCGCUGCUCACUAACCGGGGCUCCAAGAUGUUCAAACUGCGGCAGAUGCGGGUGGAGAAAUUUAUCUAUGAAAACCACCCUGAUGUCUUCUCUGACAGCUCAAUGGAUCACUUCCAGAAGUUCCUUCCCACAGUUGGGGGACAGCUGGGGACAGCUGGCCAGGGAUUCUCCUACAGCAAGGGCAGCGGUGGAGGCCAGGCAGGGGGAAGUGGCUCUGCCGGACAAUAUGGCUCUGACGAGCAUCACCAUCAUCAGGGCCCUGGGUCUGGAUAUCGGGAUACAGGUGGUCCUGGGAGCCAGACUGGCCGAGGAGGAGCUGCUGGCACUGCAGGGGUUGGCGAGACAGGACUAGACGACCAGGCAGGUGGAGAAGGAAAACAUAUCACUGUGUUCAAGACCUAUAUUUCCCCAUGGGAGAGAGCCAUGGGGGUUGACUCCCAGCAAAAAGUGGAACUUGGCAUCAACCUGCUGGCCCAUGGGGCCAAAGCUGAUCUCCCUCAGUAUAAGUCCUUCAACAGGACAGCAAUGCCUUAUGGUGGAUAUGAGAAGGCCUCCAAACGUAUGACCUUCCAGAUGCCCAAGUUUGACCUGGGGCCCUUGCUGAGUGAACCCCUAGUCCUCUACAACCAGAACCUCUCCAACAGGCCUUCUUUCAAUCGAACCCCUAUUCCCUGGCUGAGCUCCGGGGAGCCUGUAGACUACAACGUGGAUAUUGGCAUCCCCUUGGAUGGAGAAACAGAGGAGCUGUGAGGUGUUUCUACCUCUACUUUGUAUCGUUUCCCCUCUCUGGUUCCAUUUUGGAGAGGGAAUGCUGAGCAGGAUACCCCCACUGAAAAUCCAGUAUCCUUGUGGGAAUGGAGGGAAAAAGAAAGGAGAGAUCUGCCCUUCCAUCCUUCACUCCAAGUCCCCACUCCAAGCAUCUUUUCUUACCAACUCAGAGCUCCCCUUCCACUUGCUCUGUAUGGAACCUUCUCGUGUGGAAUUUUCUCUGCCUUCGGUAACAGUUAAUAAACUUCAAGGAAAUGAA